AUGCAGGCUCCGGUGGUGGUGAUGAACACCAAUGCCGGUGACCGACAAGUCGGCCGUCGGGCACAACUGUCGAACAUUACCGCUGCAAAGACUGUGGCCGACAUCAUUCGGUCAUGUCUCGGUCCCAAGGCGAUGCUGAAGAUGCUGCUCGACCCAAUGGGCGGUAUCGUGCUCACCAACGAUGGCCACGCCAUUCUGCGUGAAAUUGAGGUGUCUCACCCCGCCGCUAAGAGCAUGAUCGAGCUCAGCCGUACUCAAGAUGAGGAAGUCGGUGACGGAACCACAACAGUCAUCAUUCUGGGUACGACUCUCCCCUAUCUCGAAGAUCUCCCGGGGAAAAAAAAUACUGAUAACAUGGUAGCCGGUGAAAUGCUUGCCCAGGCCCUCCCUCAGCUCGAACGUAACAUCCACCCCGUCGUCAUUAUCUCUGCCUUCAAGCGCGCUCUCGCCGAUGCUCUCACCAUUAUCGAGGAAGUUUCCACCCCGGUCGAUAUCCACGAUGACAAGGCCAUGUAUAACCUGAUCCAAUCCUCCAUCGGAACCAAGUUCGUCUCUCGGUGGUCUGAGCUCAUGUGCGGUCUCGCAUUGAGCGCCGUCCGUACAGUUUCGUUUGAUGCGGGCGGUGGAAAGCAAGAGGUGGAUAUCAAGCGCUACGCGCGUAUCGAGAAGAUCCCCGGUGGUCAAAUCGAGGACUCCGAGGUUAUCGAUGGCGUCAUGGUCAACAAGGAUAUCACCCACCCCAAGAUGCGGAGGCGGAUCGAGAACCCCCGCGUUCUUCUCCUUGACUGCCCGCUCGAGUACAAGAAGGGCGAGUCCCAGACCAACAUUGAGGUCUCCAAGGAGGACGACUGGAACCGCAUUCUUCAGAUUGAAGAGGAACAAGUGAAGCACAUCUGCGAUGCUAUCAUCGCAUUCAAGCCCGAUCUCGUCAUUACUGAGAAGGGUGUUUCUGAUCUCGCACAGCACUUCCUGGUCAAGCACAACAUCACUGCUCUCCGCCGCGUCCGUAAGACCGACAACAACCGUAUCGCCCGUGCCACUGGUGCCACUAUCGUUAACCGUGUCGACGACAUCCAAGAAUCCGACAUUGGUACCCGCUGCGGUCUCUUUGAGAUUGAGAAGAUUGGUGACGAGUAUUUCACAUUCAUGCGCAAGUGCACGGCUCCCAAGGCCUGCACUAUCCUGCUGCGCGGUCCCUCCAAGGAUAUCCUGAACGAGAUCGAGCGUAACCUGCAGGACGCCAUGUCCGUUGCCCGCAACGUGAUCUUCCACCCCCGCCUUGCUCCCGGUGGUGGUGCCGUCGAGAUGGCUGUCUCUGUCAAGCUCAGUCAGAUUGCCCGCUCUAUCGAGGGUGUCCAGCAAUGGCCCUACAAGGCUGUCGCGGACGCUAUGGAGGUCAUUCCUCGCACAUUGGCACAGAACGCCGGCGCCAGCCCUAUUCGCGUGCUGACCCAGCUGCGCGCCAAGCACGUCGAGGGCCACUCCACCUGGGGUCUGGAUGGUGACUCUGGCAAGCUGGUUGAUAUGAAGGAGUACGGUGUGUGGGAGCCCGAGGCCGUCAAGCUCCAGAGUAUCAAGACGGCAGUUGAGUCCGCAUGCCUGCUUCUCCGCGUCGACGACAUCUGCAGUGGUAAGUCUGCCCAGCAGGUCAGCGGCGGCGGCGGUGGUGGUGGUGAGGAGUAA